CGUCAUCAAAAUCUACAACUUGGAUUUCAACCUUCAUCCCUCCUGUCUCUCCUCUUAUAGCAGUGUGCCGUGAAGCUCAAAGUACGUCCCGAUUGAUCUGCAUUGUGCUUUCAAGUCUUCCUUCCUCAAUUGCGACUUCUUCGUCGUCUCUUCAACACAUCAGAGAUGUUCCUUCCCUACUUUGAAUUUGGGAAGCCCUCGCCCACACAAUUGCAGCGCAGCUGCGGUUUCUGCCACCCAAAUCAAACGGUGUUUUCAGUCUAUCCCGCUGGUUCGGGUACAAUGGGCCCAGGUUAUUUCGAAUAACAACUGUCGGAGACUAUCCAUCUGAGUCAGCAGCACGCAAUCCUC